AGGCGCGGAUGCGCGGCCCUGGCCGGGCUGGCCGAACCUGCCCGGAGCGGGGAGCCUGGCAGACGGGGAGGAAAUGCCAGCGUAAUUAAAGGGACGAGAGAGACUUGGAGUCAGCAGCUGGUUGCAGCACGGGACACGUCAGCGAAACCCGACCCUGGCAUUGCAAAACCAGCCCCGGCCUCACCAGCAUCCCGCAGGCCUGGCCCCGCUCCGGCGCUGCCCACCCGGGCGGGCUGGCACGGCCGUGGCACCGCUGGCAUGCCAGCACCCUGCACCCACGGCUCUCCCACCAGCCAGCAUGCUCUGGAUGCUGGAGCCACCUCGAGGGGUGCUGGGUCUGUCCCCAACCCCAAACAGCGCUUCACAGGGUCUCCAUGUUGUGUUUUUAACUCUGCUGACUGUGAUGUGGGGUGCAGGAGCACCCGACACUGGUGAGGGGCUGGGGGCUGAGCUGGGGAGGGGAUGCAGUGAUGGUGACCCCUGGGUGACAGUGACCUCGUGGAUGUGGCUUGGCUCCUCCCCAGUGUCGGGGGCUGACGGCACAGGUCAUGUCAGGGCAGGGCUGGCCGGGCCAAGUGACUCAGGCGGUUGUUGGUGACCCUGCCCAGCCGUGGGCUCACCCCACCCUGGGGGGGGCCCCUCAGGAAGAGGCAAGGACAGAGCUGGCUGCUGUGUUAACCCUGUCCAACACCCCGGCAGGGGGACAAGAGGACACAGCACGGGUCCAGACCCCCCUGGCUCAGGAUAUGUUGUCCCUGCACUGCUGAUGGGGCCGGGGCAGGCGGCACGUGCUGCUGUGUGACCUGCAGCCCCCCACACACAGCGGGGGCCCCUUGUGAGCCACAGAGGGGGCGUCUGCCUGGAGCUCCGACAGCUCUGAGCAGGGGGGAGGUGGCAACAGAUGGGGCUGGGGAAGGGUUCGCCUCUUCCUUACCCAGGGAUUCCAUUCUGCCAGUUCCCCCCGACCCUGAGAUGGAGUGGCAGGAGAUUGUGAGUCUCUGGCCCAACCUAGUGUCAUUAAAGGGGCUGAAAGAUGGGGCUGAGGGAGGAGCCCUUUGCGACACAGCUGCUGUGACACUGGCCAGGGCAUCCAUGGGGAGCUGGGGUUGGGGUGGUUACAGCCUUGGUCACCCCAGAGCCUCCUCCCUCCAUCCCUGCUGACCCAGCCCUCAAGGGACAGGGGCACAGCCCACGGUUCUGUGCUGAGUCCCUGGAGUUUAACAGUGAGGGGAACAGCAAGGUGACCUGUAGGGACAGGGGUGUGGUGGGGUGAAUAUGAGCCCCUGUACUCUCUGGGGACACAAAUGGCUCCUCCAGCCCCACACUCUGUGCCCCUGUCCCCAAGAGGGGCUGCGUUUCCUGAUGAUCUGGGCAGGAACAGCCCCUGAGGGUGCAGCUGCUGUGACGAUGGCACAAGCAAAGGGUUAAGCUGAGCUCUACGCAGGGGAGGCUGGCCAGGCUCCCACCCCUUCCCGGUGCUCUGAUAUUCUCCGCAUCCCCUGUGUUUGAUUUGCACCCUGCUGAGCAGCUGGGGAGGUUGGGGCCCUUGUGAGUACUGGGAAAGGUCUCGGUGCUCCACUGAAGACGGCCCCAAUACCAGUGGAAAGUGUCUCAUGGUAGAGCCUGGGGUGUGCAAAGAGCUGACACCAUGAAACAGCUGAUCCUUUGCACAUUACUGCUCUUGGCCCGUGGGGAGCUGGCCAGGGCAUGUCCUGCAGGCUGCCAGUGCCAUGAUCCAAAGACCAUCCUGUGUGCAGCCAGGCGGGGCCAGACGGUGCCCCGGGGGCUGCCCCCCAGCACCCUCUCCCUCUACGUCUUCGAGAACGGCAUCACAACGCUCAGUGAGGACAGCUUUGCAGGGCUGCCUGCCCUCCAGCUCCUGGACCUCUCGCAAAACAAGAUCACCAGCAUCCAGAGAAACAUCUUCCAGCCCCUGACGGAGCUCGUCAAUUUGGACCUGUCCUCCAACCAGCUGCAGGAGAUCACCAAUGAGACCUUCCAUGGGCUGCGGCUGCUGGAACGGCUCUACCUGCAGAGGAACAUGAUCCAGCACAUCCACGCUGCUGCCUUCGACACGCUGGAGAAUCUGCUGGAGCUAAAGCUGCAGAACAACCAGCUCAGGGCUGUGCCCCCCCUCGACCUGCCCAACCUCCUGCUGCUGGACAUCAGCUGGAACAAGAUCCCUGCCAUUGCACCAGGGGCUUUCCAUGCCGUCAGCAUUGAGUCCCUGAAGAUCGCAGGGCUGGGCCUGAUGAGCUUAAACGAGGAGCUCUUCCAGGUCCAAAACAACCUCCAUGAGCUGGACAUCUCUGACAACCUGCUGGAGCGUGUCCCGGCGGUGCUGCGGCGGCUGGGCAGCCUCACCAGGCUCAGCCUGGCCGGCAACACCCGCAUCUCCCAGCUGCCGGCUGAGGACUUCCAGAGCCUCCACAACCUCCAGGAGCUGGACAUCAGCAACCUCAACAUCAACACCAUCCCUCGGGAUUUCUCCGGCUUCUUCCCCAGGCUGCGAGCCGUGACGGCUGCUGGCAACCCCUUCAACUGUAUCUGCCAGAUGAGCUGGCUGGUGCAGUGGGUGAACACCAGCGGUGUGGUCCUGCGGCGCCCCGAGGAGACGCGCUGCCACUUCCCCCCCAAAAACUCGGGCAAGCUUCUCCAUCACCUGCAAUACACUGACUUUGGCUGCCCCACCACCACCCCCACGCCCACCACGCCCCGCACCACCACGCUGCCCCCGCCUGCGCCGCUGCCCAGCACCCACCGCCCGCCGCCGCCCCCCAGCACCGCUGCACCCACCCUGAGGCCCAGAGAGCCCCAGGGCAGCUCCACCUCGGUGCCCUUCAGCGGUGCCCCGGCCUCCACCAGCCCCCCAGCGCCCAUCUGUCCCCCCCGCACGUGUCUGAACGGCGGCACCUGCCACCUGGGUGCCCAGAACCUCCUGGAGUGCCUGUGCCCUGCGGGCUUCGCUGGCGUGUACUGCGAGGUGGAGGCGAGGGGAACGACGGCAGCCCCGGGCACACCAGCCCUGCCUCCUGCCCAGCGGGUCAGCAUCGCCCAGGUGGGCAGCACCUCUCUCAAAGUGGACCUGCACAACUACAUCCAGUCCAAGGCGCAGCUGAAGGGCAUCCGCCUGAGCUACCGGAACCUGUCAGGGCCGGACAAGCGGCCGGUGAUGCUGCGCCUGCCGGCCUCGCUCUCCGAGUACACGGUGCGGGCGCUGAAACCCAACUGCACCUACCGCGUGUGCAUCGGGGCGCUGGGCGAGCUCCCCAAGGAGGAGCACUGCGCCGAGGCGCACACCCUGCCCCUCAGCCUGCAGCAGCACUCCCCCGUCACCCAGAGCCAGGACCCCAACCUCGCCCUGAUCCUCGUCCCUGCGCUGGCUGCCCUGCUGCUGCUGCUGGUGGUGGUCACCGCCGCCAUGUACUACUGCCGGCACCGCCGCGCCAAGGCGCACGCCGGCGCUGGGGUGGACGCCGGCCCACUGGAGCUGGAAGGGGUGAAAGCCUGCCUGGAAAACGGGGAUUUGAGCAGCCACGGCUGCAAGGUGCCAGAGGCGGCGAUGCUUUCUGGUGGCUCUGAGUGCGAGGUGCCGCUCAUGCAGUCGCACUACCCCAGCAACAACAACACCCCGGGGCUCAAACCCUCCUACUUCUGAACCCACAGGGCUUCCAGAGCCUUGGACACAGGAGGGCUGAGCUCCAGUGGCAGCACCUGGCCAUGUCCCUCUGGGAUACAGAUUGCCAAGGAGCUGACUGAACUGAGGCAGAAACACCCCCGUCCCACAACGUGCAAUUUCCGAGAGGCUGCCAUGCUUUGGGAGGAGACACGAAUUUACUGCUCUGUGCCUUGAUUUCUGUGACUCUACCUGGAAUGUGGGUAGCGGAAGAGAAGGGGGGGUUAAUUUGGGGGUUGGGGGGGCUUUUUUUAGCUCCUGCUAAAGGGAAAGCUGCUGUGACUGGGCUGAGGGACGCCCACGUGCUGGUAACAAGGGUCCUUCAGCGGAGCACGGCCCAUGACUCGACUCCCUGGAAGCUGAUGUGAGCAAUAUGGCCCGGCCGAGGUGCUGGGACCCUCGGGACCCCCCGGGCCAAAGGAAGUGCCGAGCAGGCAAACCGGGAAUUGAAGCUUUAAGAACUCAGAGAGAAUAUUUAUACAUUGUUAUUUCCCAUUUCUUCUGGGAAAACUUUUUUUAGUACAGGUUUGUGUACAUCUCUUUUGUAAGGCAGAUCAGAAGGGUGUCUUUUUGUAAAAAAAAAAAGCCCAAAAUAAUUAAAAUGACAACAACGAGAAGUUCUGUGCAGCCCUGAGCACCUCGGCAGGCACUGCCCGUCACAGGCAGGGGUGUGGGCAGUGCCGCGUGUCCCCUGCAGAGGAGCGGGAAGGUCAGCCGUGUC